AUGCUCCUCACCGUGAGAGUGCACAACGCCGGCGUGUACUCCCUCGAUUUCGGAGGGGUUGACGUGGCGGUGUCUUACAGAGGGAAGAAGCUGGGGCACGUGAUAUCGGAGCACGGUCACGUGAGUGCCAGGGGAUCGUCCUACGUGGACGCUGACGUGGAAUUCGCGGGAAUCGCGGUGGUGCCUGAGAUGAUGCUGUUUCUAGAAGACCUUGCAAAGGGUGCAAUUCCCUUCUUUACGGUUUCUCAGGUCAACGGUCAAAUGGGCCUUGCCUUCUUUCACUUCCCCAUUCAGGCAAAACUAUCAUGUGAAGUAUUGGUGAGUACAGUAAACCAGACAAUUAUUCACCAACAUUGUCUCCAUGAGGGGCACAUUGGGAAGAAACUAUAA